GGAUGAUGUGGCUGUCUCUUAUCCAUGCUCUUGCCCGCCGCUGCCCUUCAUCAGCCCGGCGUCUCUGCAGUCGUUCAAUCAAUCAAUCCCCACCCGUCAUGAAGUCGCGCUGCUCUGCGUUGCUGCUGCUGCUGUUGCUGCUGCUUGCGUUUGUUGAGGUGGAGGCGACCGCGCUUGGGCCUCGGGCCACUUCCAUCCCGCCGCCGCUCGACGUCGCGUACUCGCAGUAUUGGGAUGGCUACGAUGGUCCGUGGUCGUCGUUUACCAUCAGGCUUGGCAGCCGCGACACCAAAGUGCGAGUGUUUCCGUCGACGAGUUCGACUGCUCUUUGGGCUGUAUCGCCCCUUGGUUGCCUAGAAGGCACUUAUCGCCCUGGCAUCCCUUGCAACGCUUCUGGCGACACCUUUGCGCCUGGAUCACGCGGAGGUAUUUUCCAUUAUGAAGCUUCUUCCAGCUGGCAUAACAAUCCCCUGAGUACACCGCCUGAUUGGGCUCUUCACGCUCUUACACAGCCCGAUUAUGAGUCGUCAGCGCCUUGGGGAUAUGACACUGUUAGCAUAGGUGCCUCUGGUGGCCCCACACUGACGAACCAAACAAUCGCUGUUAUAGCCAGCAAAUGGUUUUGGCUCGGAGUGCUCCCCUUGAAUCCACGCCCAACAAACUUCAGCGUCAACGACACCUAUUAUCUGGCACCCAGUCUUUUGCAAGUUUUGAAAGACGAAGGGCACAUCCCCAGUCUAUCAUGGGGCUAUACAGCCGGGGCUAGUUACGACACUGAGAACGGCGUCUUUGGCAGCCUGACUCUCGGUGGAUACGACGCAGGCCGUUUCAGUGAGAACGGGUCAAGGAUCACGGUGCCCUUUCAACAAGACGAAGAAAAAGACCUUACAGUGUCCGUAAAGUCGAUUAAGGUCAGCGGGUCCAGUAGUAUCUCUUUGUCUUCGGAGCCCUUCGACGCAACAAUUGACUCUGCGUUAUCAUACCUCUUUCUGCCCCAAAACGACAUAUGGCUUUGGGAAAAGGCCUUUGACCUUACUCUGGAUCCGGUCUCUAAUUUGUACCUGCUCAACGAGACUGCGUACACGAAAUUGCGGAACGAACAGCAGACCAUCAGCAUCACUCUUGGUGCACCUGGCGAUUCGGACAACCGAAACGAAGUUACCAUCCAAUACCCCAUUGAGAGUUUUUUGCUGAACACCUCGUGGCCGAACAACAUCACAAAUUCAAACGGGUCUUCACGCUACUUCCCGAUCCAGGUGACGGAGGGUACCGCGGCAUGCACUUUGGGGCGCACAUUCCUUCAAGAGGCCUACCUGAUCUAUGAUUACGAGAACCAAGAAUUCACUGUUGGGGCACGCAGUCCGGGGAACCCCAAGCCUGACCUGAAACUUAUAUCCCCUCGCGAAAUCAGCCCUAGUGGACCCACUCAAGGUGACAAUAGCGGCAAAUCGGGACUGUCAGCUGGAGCACUUGCCGGUGCCAUCGUAGGCAGCAUCAUUGGGGGGUUCCUGAUUGCUGCAUUGGUUUUCUGGAUAUACACCCGUAAGCGAGCCGCAGCAAAAAAGUCCAGGCCACUUUCGGUUUCGACAGGGUCUACUACACCUCGGCCACGCGCCGGCUCCCGAAUCAAUUCCUUCUUCCGAAACCCCUUCACCAAGGGCCCCGAGGAGAUUGUACCUGGUAUGAACGAACUCCCACAAGACCCCUCUGCUCCUACGCCGGCGCAAGCAGCUCUCGAGGCUAUCAACCGCGAACACAAACGCCACCUCAGCGAGGAAUUGGAAGGGUCAACCAACAUUAUACAUGAGAUGUUCCAACCGAAGCCGAAACUUGCCGAAAUGGAGGGUGAUGCCCCGCUUGGGUACAUUAGCCCACAUGCACGCUCGUCCAGCGCCGGAAGCCAAGAUGAUAUAGCCGACACUAAUGCCCGAAUGAAAUACAUCUAUGAAAUGGAAGGGUCUUUGACAAGUAGCGCCGACCAUACGCCGCUGCCCAGCCCAAAGGUGCCUGCCUAUCCGAGCCCGAAUGGGCUUGAUGCCGUUGCAAGAAGGCAACAAGAAGACGCCGAGGCAGAUCCAACCAACUCCGAUGAUGUUGAUGCAGCGAGGAGACGAGGAAGCCUAAGGAGCCUCGGCAGUCCAGCGCAUUCUCCGCUAGAAAGAAGGGUGAGCGACUGGAGUCAGACCAGCAACACCAGGAGCCAGAACGGCCCAUUGGCAGACAUCUUGGAAGAGAGAAAUGGAGAUAAUGUUAAUUAUUCAAGGUUGACGGAAGACGCUCGUGGAGACACCAACGAUUCAGAGCCGACGCAAGAGACGUCUGGAGACAUCAACGAUGAUGCACAGUCAACACACGAAAAUCAUGGAGACACCAUCGAUACACAAUCGGCAGAAGAGAGGCGUGGAGAUGCUAAUGAUGGCACGCGACCAACAGAAGAGGGGCACGAAGGCACUGCCAGUGACGCACGAGUGGUUGAAGAAACGCAUAAGGAUACGGAUCACGAUGUACGGCCAAACAGCAAGUCCGAAAAAGAUGAGGACAAAGGAACCACCUAGGUGAAGUGGAAGAUAUUUUGAUUUUCCUGGCUAUGAAUCCGCUCAUUUAUUUAAUGUCUCACGAUGUUUGAUCGUUCAUUUUCUUGGGAUGGUAAUCCAUCAAACACUAAGACAUACAUUUAAUGCAGUUUUGCGAUUGCGAAGUACAUCUUUCAUUCACCUUCUCUGGAGCUCUCACGAACUGGUACCUUACAGACGAAAACAUCUCCGCGCAGCCGCAACCUUCCGUUGAGCCUGAUGCCAAUGCUGACUCCUCAGCCUAGUAAGGCGUGAUACCCAUAAUAAUGGAUUGGCAAUAAGCAUCCUUGGCCUCGUGCUUUCACGUUGUCAAAAAACUAGGACAUGAAAAGUCUGCAC